AUGAGUGUUACCUCCUGGUUCCUGGUGAGCAGCGGGGGGACUCGCCACCGGCUGCCCCGCGAAAUGAUCUUUGUCGGGCGGGACGACUGCGAGCUUAUGCUACAGUCACGUAGUGUGGAUAAGCAGCACGCUGUCAUCAACUACGAGCCUGGCUCAGAUGAACACAAGGUCAAGGACUUAGGCAGCCUAAAUGGGACUUUUGUAAACGAUGUCCGUAUUCAAGAGCAGAUGUAUAUCACCCUCAAGUUGGAGGACAAACUGAGGUUUGGAUAUGAUACUAACUGGUUCACUGUGGAGAAAGGCGAGCUCACCGUGCCCGAGGAGGCUCUGAAGCAUGAAAAAUUCACCAGUGGCCUCCAGCUAAGCAAGAAGCCAACUAAAGGUGAAACCACCACGAGCAAGUCUCCCAUUAAGACCCCAUCAAAGACUCAAAAAUCUCCCAGUGCCGGCACCCCUAAGCCUGGCCAAACACCAACAGAUGGGGUCUCUCCCACCAAAGAGCCCCCACCCAAACCUUCAGACUCUCACAAAGCAGAAGAAAGGAUUAGAGCGGAUGUUGCAGCCCUGCCUCGCGGGACCCCCCUCUACGGCCAGCCAGCAUGGUGGGGCUACGGAGAAGCGGAUGAUGAGAACUCUUUCAAGCAGGAAAGCAAGAUGUCUGGCAAAAAACAUGACUUCACAGAGGGCAAAGAGGUUCGUUGUGGAGAGGACAACCACAAUUCAGGUUACACAGAGAUCCCUACAAAGCAAAAUCCUCAUGUGGCCACCAAUGGCAUCCAUGAGAUACCCACCAAGGACACGGAAGGCCCUAGUUCUCACAGCAGCGCAGCUCAAGGCCACGCCUCCUUCACGAUAGAGUUCGAUAACGCUUCCCCUGGGAGGGUUACUAUCAAAGACCACGUCUCAAAAUUCAUGCCCAGCCAGCAUAGGUCUCGCACCAAAAGGAGUGGCGCCGGCAGCGGUGGGACGGGAGGCAGGGACCUGAGCACGUUGCAGGUGGCCAUGAUGGCAUCAGAGAGCAAGGUGGCUGAUUGGCUGGCGCAUAAUGACCCCACGCUGAUCCGUGGCGAGUCUACGGAGGAUGACAGCAAGAGCAACAAGAGUGACGUGCCAGUGCAUCUCAAAAGGCUGAAAGGGAGCAAACAUGAAGAUGGCACUCAAAGCGACUCGGAGAAUGGCCUGGGUUUGCGUUUCGCCAGCCGGCGCCACGCCCUUGAGGAACGUCUGAAAGCAGCGCACGCCCACACAGGAUUAGGAGUAGGAGGGGCAGGAGCGGUUGCCGAGAACGCAGCGAGCGGUUCUCGGGGAGGCAGCAGCCGGACGGCCUUCAUGAUUGAGUUCUAUGACGAGGAGAACCCCCGCAAGCGGCGCUCGUAUUCGUUUUCCCAGACUGCGCCGUUGCUGAGCGAGGGGCUAUGCCCGCAACCUCCAUCUCAGCCCAAGGUGUUCAGCAUUUCCACAUCGGCAAACUCUGACUCAGGUAAAGUCCCAGCCCCUAUAUCUGCGACAGUGGCUGCUGGAGCCCCCACAGCUGCCCGUGUGCUCCUAAAGCAAAGGUCUGAAGACCCGAGUAUUGGUCGAAGCUCAAUCAGCACGGGCCUGGCAACGGGAAGCCCCACCACUCCUAGCGAGGACACAUCAAUCGCAGGGCAGGCAGCUGUGGCAACAGGUCGGGAGGCCGGUGACAACCAAAGUGAUAACGGGACCUACACCAUUGAGCUGGAAAACAGGAACCUGGAGGAGGAGGAGGCCAGGCGCAUGAUUGACAAGGUGUUUGGGGUGCAGCAAAACCAGGACCCCUCCAUAUCAGAUGUCCAAAGCCAGGUACAAGGAAAGGAAACGGGAGAGAUAAGAAAGGAGGUUCCUCCGAGAGACUCCAACUGGGUCUCACAGUGGGCAAGUUUAGCUGCUAACCAUACCCGGACCGAUCCUGAAGGUUCUGGAGCAGAGACUGCUGCCUUUUUGGACAAAGAAAUAGAUGAUGCCUUGAAGCCCGACGCACCUUUCAGCCGAGGUGAAUCCUCGUCAAGUCUGACCGACCGCAAGCGCAGGACCCUCCCUCCUCUUCCAGUCGAUGACUCUCGCACAAAAUCCAGCUGCGCAAAAGCUCAGACUCUGAGGACAGAAAUUGGAGAAAAGCAGGACACAGAACCCCAGGAGAAAGAGAACAAGGGAGACGGGGAAUCCCCACCACCCCCCAUGGAGAACGGUGUCAUGUCUAGCAAACGCAAACCAAGCGCCACGUCUUCGCCGUUAAAGGCAACGCAACGGAACUCUGUCAGUGCUGAGCGCCGGAAAAGAAAGGAGGAAGCAGAGGGCGGGGACAAGUCUGGGAAGCCUCUUGUGCGUCAAGGCAGCUUCACAAUCGAGAAAUCCAGCGGCAGCGUCCCCACGGAGCUCAUCCCGCGCAUCAGCAGAGGUGGCGCCGGAACCCGUGAGCGGAGUGACUCAGUGGGAAGCAUGGACACAGCCACACUUCUGAAGGACACUGAAGCCGUCAUGGCCUUCCUAGAGGCCAAACUGAGGGAUGAAAACAAGCUCGAACCGAAAACUGCGAAAACCAGUAGCAGCGUCAGCAGUCAGAUCUCUGGCUACGGCUAUAACCCACGAACCGACUCCAUUUCCCCGGAGUCCGAUGUGGACACAACCAGCACGGCAAGUCACGUGGCGGGCGGGGCUGAGGGGAAGACCGGCGGCACGCACAAGCGACGCUCCCUUAGUAGCAUGCACCGGGAGAAAAGCAAUAUGAGCACGGCCUCCAAGUCCAGCAUUUCUGCCAGCGCGCGAGAUCGCUUGGAAAGGAAGGCCAAGAGCAAAACCACUGAAGUAACGGGUCGACCGGAAGUGCGUCGCUCGGUUCAGUCGUCUACUUCCAGAGCCAGGCAACCGUCUCUCGAUCUCACUGAUGAUGACCAAACUUCCUCCUUCCCUAUUUCGGACAUCCUCUCAUCAGAUCAGGAGACCUACUCUGGAUACGGGUUGGAGACCAAACAUGAUAGCAGGCCUGGAAAGAACACCGCGAGCAGUUCCUCCAGAAACAACCGUACUCUUCAGGCCGCUACAUCGUCUUCAAUGAACAAACAGGCCGCGCUUCCUAAGCCGCGGCCCACCCGAGCUUCCCUUCUCCGCCGUGCCCGACUGGGGGAUACCUCUGACACAGAUUUGGCCGAUGCAGACCGCGUGUCCGUGGCGUCUGAGGUGUCCACCACCAGCUCCACCUCCAAACCAACCUCUGGUCGAACGGGAUUGUCACGACUGGACAUGCUAGCCCAGCCGCGUCGCAACCGGGUGGGCUCCAUCUCGACACGGAGCGACUCUGAGUGCACGCCAGCUCGGAGCUCUACCGCAUCGCCGCGCCUUUCGACUGAAACAGCUCUGCGCCUGGGCUUGCGCUCAUCGACACCCAGUGAGAGCAAGCUGACCCCCAGGAUGAGGGCCAACAGUGUGUCUAAGUUGAACGAAGCUAGAAGCAAGACCACUACGACUGGCUACUGCUCUCCCACAGAGAGCUCUCAUCCAGAGCCUGCUGGUGCUGACACGGAUGAAGAACCUGUUGUGUCCAGCAGCAACCGCUGGAGACGCCUGCCGCCCGAGUACGCGUCCACUUCGGAGGAAGAGUUCGGUUCUGGUCGUAACACUUCAAAGCACGGCGGACGUCCUCACACGCGGCCGCAUCAUAUCGUGCCGGCUCGCGGUUCUAGACCUGGCACCACGGCAACCCCAGGAUCUGGAUCCAGUGCACUGUCGGGGGUGAGCGGAGUGGUGCUAAAACACCGCAUGAAGGAGCAAGACGAGUACAUUAGAGACUGGACAGCGCACAGUGAAGAGAUAGCCAGGUUAUUCCCAUGUGUGCGCAGGAUCAGCCAAGACCUGGCAAAGGACCUGGCCACCUUGGCGCGCGAGAUCCACGACGUGGCCGGCAAGAUCGACUCGGUCAGCUCGUCCGACACGGCGCCAAGCACCACCGCCAGCACGGCCGCCACCACGCCGGGAUCGGCCAUCGACACCCGCGAAGAGGUAGGCCCAGCACCUCCCGUGCGGCCGGACUUGCAGGAGAGCAUGAGACAGUUGGUGGAUCGAGUGUUCGACGAAAGCCUGAAAUUCCGGAACAUCCCUCCCGUCAUCGAUUCAGCCAAGACGUCAGAAAUCAACGGCAAGCCGGUGGAGCUCCGUCCCCGCGCCCCCGACUCCCACGAACCCCGUGCUCUCAGGAGACGCACGUGGAACCGAGAAGAAGCAGUGUUGGACAGCCUCCUGAUCCAUUCCGUCUCUCAGCUAUCCACUAAGAUCAGACAUUCUGCUGACAAAACAGCUGGAAAAAUCAGGAUAUUGUUUAAGGAUCAGGAUAGGAACUGGGCGGACAUUGAAAAGAAACUGACAUCUGACGGCGAUGUACCGCUCUUGAAGGCAUCCAAUAAAGAAAUCUCCUCUGUGCUGCUUGAACUCAGAAGAGUCGAGAAGCAGCUCGAAGUGAUCAACCUGAUGCUGGACCCUGACGGGACGCUGGACGUCGCAGCCGGCCCUGGCUCGCCCACCAAACCUCAGAGCGUCAAAACGCCAGCCGGUUCUGGACCCCAGCAGCCAGCGGCCAAAGAUCCGCUGCCAGAGAUCCUCCCGGCAUCGGGAGAUUGCGCCGGGAUUCCGCCUGACGUUUCCGCAGGUCUCGGCAUAGCUCCCAUUUGCGGCCUGCCUUUCGGCCGCGUAAGGCCCGGUGGUAGUGAAGCCCUUGUGCAGAAGUGA